CAUGGCGGCUGUAGCAGAACUGGUUGUGGCAUUCACGAGGCAACACAUACAGUUUUUACAACGCCAAUAAAAUAACAUAUUCAACAAUUUAUUUAUCUUAAAUAUCACAAUCAUUUAAAUUAUUUAAUAUUUUUAAUAACAAUUAUCAUACUGUUUUAAUUAUUGUGAUAAUUAGUGGACAAUUAUCGUUAACGUGUUGCUUUUUUAUCAUCACGUGCAAGUGUUUAACUGUCAAAUGAUUAUAUAAAAAAAACAAGAAUUGUGCGUUUGUGUAUAGUUUGUAUAUCAAUGCUACUGUCGGUUUUUUAUUUUAUAUAAAAAUUCAUCGUGAGUUUUAUAAUUUAAAUUCAAAUAUUUACAAAUGAAAAUUUAAAAUGUUCAUGUUGUGGUAAAAGUACACUUGAAGUGCAUCAUUAUUAUUUGAGAGUUUUUUUAAAUAUUAUUUAUUAAUUUGUUGUAUGAAAAAGUGCGAGUGAAUAUUUUAAAUGUGAAAUUGAACCAAGUUUAAAAACGUUUUAAGAAAUUAUUAAUUGGAAAAUAUAUUACGUAGAUUUUUCGAUUUUUUUGGAGCAAUAAAAAAUUAUUUUAUUUGUGAUUGACGAAAAAGUUAAGGCGCGCGCAUAUACACGCGGUAUUAUCUGUCUUUGUCAAACAUAUAUAGUAUUUGUGGUACACGUGGUUUUUAAAAUUAUUUAAACAAUCAUGAUAUUGUUAAAAUUAUUGGUGUUUAUGUUUAUCAUUGCAAAGCCUUGUUAUGGCUAUUUUAAUUUUUUUCUCAACAAGGCUGAAGUUCGUAAACUUAUGGGUUUACAAGCUGAAUUAUUUUAUGUCAAAGAAGGAGUUGUAAAUGACUAUGCAAUGAAAUUUAUACUUCAAGUACCAGCACAAACUCAAGAGCUUCAUUUUACAUGGGAAAAUCUUGCUGGUAAAUCUUUGCAGUAUCAAGUGUUAGUUGAUAUAAGUACUCCAGCAGCUUUAACAAGUACAUUGGAUAUAUCUGAAAAUGGUGAAAUACCAGUUGGUAAUAAACAAACAUGGACAUUAUCACUUCAUUGUGGUCCAUAUGAUGCUGAAAUUGAUCUAACAAUACGUGUAAAAGUAUUUUUAAAUCGUCGUAAUGAAACACAUCUUGAAUUUAGAAGAAAAAAAAUAUGUUUAAAAGCUGAAAAAAUUCAUCAUUUGGAAGAAGUUCUUGUUGCUGCAUCUGGUACAACAACAGGAGGUCAAAUUUUUUAUGCUGCUAUUGGUUGUGCUUGUGCAUUUAUUGCAGCAAUACUUGUUGUUAUAGCUGCAUAUUAUGUACGUGAUAAAAAAACAAGAAGACACCGAGAUCCACUUCAAGAAUCAAGAGCUUUAAGCUCAGCUUGUAGUGUUGAAAGAGGUACUGGUAUUGGACCAGCACAAACUUUUCUAUCACCAGAAACUCCACCACCACCAUCAUGUGCUUCAGCAACGAGUUAUAGACGACUCGAUGAUCGUCCAAGUCGUGAACUUCAUGAAAGAAUUCAAGAAAUCACUGUACAAAGAUGUCGAGUGAGACUUUUGAGCAUUGAAAUGGAAGGUACUUUUGGACGUGUUUAUCGUGGUAGUUAUCACGAAGAGGGUGCUAUAACACCACGUGAUGUUUUAGUUAAAACAGCAGCUGAACAUGCAUCUCAAGCUCAGGUUGCUUUAUUAUUGAGAGAGGGUCUUGCAUUAUAUGGAUUAAGUCAUCCAGGAUUACUUCCAGUUCUUGGUGUAUCAAUUGAAGAUAGAAGUGCACCAUUUUUAUUAUAUCCACAUACAAAUUAUAGAAAUAUGAAAAGAUUUUUAAUAAGAUGUAAACAAAGUUGUGAAGGUCCACCACGUGCACUUACAACUCAAGAAGUUGUUGAAAUGGCAUUACAAGCAGCAAGAGGAGUACAAUAUUUACAUAGAAAAAGACUUGUACACAGAGAUAUUGCUGCUAGAAAUUGUGUUGUUGAUGAUAACCUGACAGUACAGAUAACAGAUAAUGCACUUGCAAGAGAUUUAUUUCCACAAGAUUAUCAUUGUCUUGGUGAUAAUGAAAAUAGACCAAUCAAAUGGCUUGCAAUUGAGAGUCUUCUUAGUAAAACAUUUACAACUUCUUCUGAUGUGUGGGCAUUUGGUGUUCUUUUAUGGGAAUUAACAACACUUGCACAACAACCAUACGUUGAAGUUGAUCCAUUUGAAAUGGCAACUUAUUUGAGAAAUGGUUAUAGACUUGCACAGCCAAUAAAUUGUCCCGAUGAAUUAUUUGCAGUAAUGGCAUACUGUUGGGCAAUGUCACCCGAUGAAAGACCAACAUUCAGUCAACUAAUUGUAUGCCUUCAAGAGUUUCACACUCAACUAACCAGAUACGUUUAAUAACUAUAAUUUAAUGCAAAAAAAAAUAAGAAAAUUAUUAUAUUUAUCAAAGGCUGUUUCUAAAUAUCAGACUUGCAAAAAAAAAAAAAUAUUUAUCUUCAAUUUGCUUGCAAAGUUUUAAAAGAACAAAGAAUUUUUUUUUGUUUUUUUUUUAUCUAUGUAUAUAUUUUAUUGGUAAUUAUAAAUGUAUAUUAUUUUUUUUUUUUUCAUAGUUGUUGUUUUUUAUAAAAAACAAUAGAGUAUUUAAAAAUAAUGGUUUUAUACUAGUGAAUUUAACAGUAGAUUAUUAAUGAUAAAAAAAAAAAAAGAAAAAUUAACAUUUUUG